CGCAUGCUAAGCGGGUCUUUAAACGACAUUCACACCACCUUCUAUUUGUGUGAUCAUGCUGGUGUCGAUAAGAAGAAAGCUAAGAAUAGCACAGGUACUACUGAUACUACUAACGUUGUAUCUUCUGUAAAUAAUGAUCAAGAUAGCAGCAGUAACGAACUAGAGGUUGUGCGUCCUAAGAAGACCCGUAUUACUAUGAAGUCUUCUAUCAAGAUAGGUUGCACUGCCAAAAUCAUUAAAUAUGUCAUGACGGACGGCACAAUCCAUGAUAUCAAGGAAAUUAUAAAUUCUCGUUUGCCCUUUGAGAUCAAACAAUGGAUAGCUGAAAAGUAUUUACGUACUGAUGACGAACGCCUUAUUGAGCUUGAAAAGAAGGAGUCAUUUAGUAGCUUCCCUAUGUCACUUUUAAUCAAUUACCAAGAUGUAAAGAAUAUCAUCAAUGCUCACAUGAAUAAGCUAUCAAGAAAAAGCUGUCGCGCUAAGCAUGGUUGUGAAAAGUGAAUAAAGUAUUUGGAAGAAGAAAAAAACUGCUCGACUCUUUUUCGUAUCCAUGAAAAUGGUCCUUUCCUAAUCUCAUGGGUAUCUGAUUGGCAGAAGAAAUUUCUUGAAGAAGCUGAAGAAUAUUGUGUUGAUAGCACUCACAAAACAUGCAGGUCUAUUACGGACAGCUCCAAUGAUAGCUACCUGCUCACUAUCGUCGUUCACAACUACACCACGAACAGAGGUCUACCUGUUUGUUUUUUUAUCACUGAUAUGAAAACCAUUCCUACUUUGCAUCAGUGGUUAGCCUGGAUAAAGACCAACUUCUCUUUGAGCGUGAAGCGAAUUAUCAUAGAUUGUAGUUCUGCCGAGACAGCUGCAAUUAGAGAUGCCUUUGAAGGCUUUGUUCAAACUCUCUUGUGCCAUUGGCAUAUCAAGCGUGCGUGGGA